AUGAAGAAGCGCUGUGUGGUGGCCGGAGUCCUGGCUGCAGCCCUGCUGGGGCUCAUCUUGUUCCUGGGACUCUUCUUCGGGCUGCGCCCUGCCUUAAGGGACACGCACACCUACAAGAGAGCGGCUGUGGCUGCAGAUGCGGGGCCGUGCUCAGUAAUUGGAAGGGAUAUCCUUCAGCAAGGUGGAUCAGCAGUCGAUGCUGCGAUUGCAGCUCUGCUUUGUGUAGGACUCAUGAAUGCUCACAGCAUGGGCAUUGGAGGGGGCCUCUUCUUUACCAUCUACAGCAGCACAGGAAAAGUGGAAAUCAUUAAUGCAAGAGAGGUGGCUCCAAAAAGAGCAUCGGAGGGCAUGUUUGGGAACAACACAGAGCUCUCUAUGAAAGGAGGACUGUCCAUCGCUGUCCCAGGAGAAAUCCGGGGGUAUGAACUGGCUCACAAACGUCAUGGCAAACUGGCAUGGAAAGACCUGUUUCUGCCCAGCAUCAAGAUGGCUAGAGAAGGAUUUCCUAUUGGGAAAGGCCUUGCAGCAGCCAUCAAAGCAAGAGAGGAGUCAAUUGAAAGCAAUCCCUCACUGUGCGAAGUGUUCUGCAAAGGAGGGAAAAUUCUGCAUGAGGGGGAUAUCAUGAAGAUGCCUAAACUAGCCAACACAUACGAGACUAUAGCCAGUGAAGGAGCAGAUGCCUUUUACACAGGAAGCCUGGCAAAACAGAUCAUCGAUGACAUCCGCAGUGUAGGAGGCAUUGUCACAUUGGAUGACCUGCAGGACUACAGCGCAACAGUGAUUGAAGACCCCAUAGAGGUCAUGCUUGGGGAGUUUACCCUUUACACACCCAGUGCCCCCCUAAGCGGCCCGGUGCUAGCCCUCAUUCUCAACAUCCUGAAAGGAUAUAAUUUCUCUGCUGACAGUAUCAAAACCGUGGAGGAGAAAGGUCUGACUUACCACCGCAUUGUGGAGGCCUUUCGCUUUGCCUACGCCAAGAGGACUUUACUGGGAGAUCCAAAAUUUGUCAACAUUACAGAGGCCAUCAGAAACAUGACAUCCGAGUUCUUCGCGGAUGGUCUCCGAAGGAAAAUCACAGACAACACCUCCCAUCCAGUUGACUACUAUGAACCAGUAUAUUACACUGGAGAUAAUGCUGGUACAUCCCACCUCUCCAUUGUGGCUGAUGAUGGCAGUGCUGUGUCCGCCACCAGCACCAUCAACCAAUACUUUGGCUCUCACGUACGAUCCAAUGUGAGUGGAAUCAUAUUUAAUGAUGAGAUGGAUGACUUCAGCUCACCUUACAUAAUCAACGGGUUUGGGAUCCCUCCUUCUCCAGCAAAUUUCAUAGCACCAGGUAAACAGCCGAUGUCUUCCAUGUGCCCCUCCAUCUUGGUGGAUAAAAUGAAAAAGGUCAGGAUGGUGGUUGGUGCUUCCGGAGGAACAAAAAUAACUACAGCAACAGCACUGGCAAUCAUCAAUUCCAUCUGGUUUGGUUAUGAUGUGAAGAAAGCAGUGGAAGAGCCUAGAAUUCAUGAUCAGCUGUUCCCCAAUAUCACGGAGCUUGAGGAGGAAAUAGAGCAGGGUGUAGAAGAACAACUAAAGAGAAGAAGGCACGACACCACGCGGGUGAGCGGCGGUGCGGUUGUGCAGGCCAUUCUCAGAACAGACAAAGGAUGGGCUGCAGCCUCCGAUUCCCGGAAAGGUGGCUUCCCUGCAGGCUACUGA